CUCCCAGCGUCCCACAGUGACACAACAACAAACGAGAGGCAGGCAGCAGCUGGGAGAGAAGGAGAGAAGGAGACCGGGCAGACUGCGUGAAGAGAAGCAGAAAGAGAAGCGAGCGGCCGGGAGAGCUGCCCUCAUCCAUGGGGCUUCCAGCGCACCGCAGGCGGACUACUGACCGACAGACAGCCGCUCAACAUGGCGAAGAACCAAGAAGUGGAGCGCAUCGCUAAGAAUCUGGAUAAAAUGGUGCACAAGAAGAACACGGACGGAGCUCUGGACCUGCUGAUGGAACUAAAGAACAUCAAGAUGUCUCUGGAGACCCUGCAGUCCACCAGAGUCGGGAUGUCGGUGAACGCGGUGAGGAAACACAGUUCAGAGGAAGAAGUUCAGACUUUGGCCAAAGCUCUCAUCAAAUCCUGGAAGAAGCUGCUGGACGGUGCAGAGGGGAAGUCUGAGGAGAAGGAGAAGAAGAAGGAAGGCUCUCCUGUGAGGUCAUCAUCCACCUCCAAUGACUCCGGCAGCAGCGAGAAAAGCAGCAAGACGUCAGGGGAGUGCCCCCCCACGCCGACCACGCCCACCUCCCCCACUACUCCAACCCUCCUCCCGAGGGUCACCUCCUUCCCCCCCGCCCCCGUCACCACCGACAACGUGCGGAACAAGUGUCGAGAGCUGCUGGUCGCAGCGCUGCAGACCGAUGAUGACCACAAGACCAUUGGAGCGGACUGUGAGCACCUUGCGGCCCAAAUUGAAGAUGAGAUCUUCCAGGAGUUUAAGGCAACAGACAUUAAAUAUAAGACUCGCCUACGAAGCCGGAUCUCCAACCUUAAGGAUCAGAAGAAUCCCGACCUGCGGCGGAGCGUCCUGUGCGGGAGCAUCUCGGCCCGACGCAUCGCCUCGAUGACCGCCGAGGAGAUGGCGAGUGCAGAGCUGAAGCAGAUGAGAGAGACUCUGACUAAAGAGUCGAUCCGAGAGCAUCAGCUGUCGAAGGUCGGGGGAACUGAGACGGACAUGUUCAUCUGCAGCAAGUGUCACGGAAAGAGCUGCUCGUACACACAGGUGCAGAUCCGCAGCGCUGAUGAGCCCAUGACCACCUUUGUGUUGUGUAACAGCUGCGGAAACCGAUGGAAGUUCUGCUGAAGAGGACGUGUGUGUCAUUCUAUCGUGAAGAAAACUGACUGAAGUGAAUUGAAUUUGGAUUUCAAAAGAAUGAAUUUAGUUUUUUGUUUUUAUUUUGUAUGAUUUUUUUAUACAUAAAAGUAAAAGCUGUAAUAUAUUUAGAGGAAAGAUAUGCCGCUUCAUGUUGUGUAUAUGGUUUCAUUAGUUUAGUAUGCAGCACUUGGAGUUUAUGGCUUAUGCUAGAUGAAGCAUUAAUUCACACGUAGGC